AUGGGCACCAUGAGAGGUCCCAUCCUCCCAAUGGGAAGAAUACAGGAACCCACUGGCCAAGAUUUCAAGCACCUACAAAAGGAGGUUUCCAGGGAAAUGGCCCAGGUCCCAAAGGACAUUCAGGAUGCUAUUCUCCAUAAUAUCCUGGCCAGGCUCAAGGACCGAGAGGCUCUGCAGGACCUCAUGGACAUGUUGGAUCGGGGCCUCUUGGAUCAUCUGGACGGCUUUGGUGGCACCUUCCUAAGUGAGAUGCAAGAGGACUCAAGAAAUCUAUGGCUCAAGUUAAGACUGCACAUCAUUUACCCCCUUAAAGCCAUAUUGGUGCUGAGUGACACCCAACAUGAGCUACAGGCCUGGUCCAUGGAGAAGAGGAUCCUGCUCCAGCAGCGGGAGCUGGUGAAGAGCAUCCUGGAGCCCAACUUCAAGUACCCUUGGAACAUCCCCUUCACCCUGGACCCCAAGCUCCUCACCACGCUGCAGGAAGAGGGGGUGGCCGUCACCUUCAGCCUGCUGGAGGAGCACAGCCUGAGGGUGGCUCCCGACAGCCCCGAGGGGACCUGGGACCUGGAGGCCGGGAAGCCCUUGUUCGCCCUCUACGGGUCCCUCUCAGCGCUGCAGCAGCUGCCGAGGCCUGAGCCCUCCCGGGGGCGCUCAGUCCAGAGAGGCCUGGCCACACCCUCAUCUGCGCGGUGA